AAACCGCUAUCUGUCAGUAAAAACAAGCUGAAAUCCGCUACCCGGGCCUCAGCUGCUGUUUGUUUGUGUUUUCUGCUUCUGAGGCCUCUUCGGGAAAUCAUAGACACCAUGCUUGGGCGAACGUAGCCGUGCAGGGCCCGCUGCUGCCUCUUCAGCCGGCUGGAGGACGCGACGGAACGGACAUGGACAGGCCGGCGCGACCGCUGCUGGUGUCCGAGCUCCGCGUCCGGAACACCGCGUACGACGUGAGCCUGAGCCGGUCCCUGUUCACAUGGAAGAGACGGGCCCCCAGCCCGGUAUACCACCCGUUCAGACCCAGUGUGUGUCACAGCGUGCCGGUGUCAGAGAUCAUUUCUGUCAGAGAGGAAGAACAGGACAGCCACAGACCAAACGAUGAUGAUGAUGGCAGCUGGAAGAAGAUCAGAGAGGGAGAAGGAAAGGACUGCAGGCAGGCCUUCACAGUAUCGUAUGUGGAGAGGUGUCGGCAGCACCGCUGGCGGUGUGCUGAGGUCACCUUCACCUGUCCGGACCGGUCUCUCUGUCAGAACUGGGUCAGCAGCGUCAGAGAGCAGCUCGCCACCUUCACCAGCAGACCCAAAUGCCUGCUGGUCUACAUCAAUCCGCACGGUGGGAAGCGUCAGGGCAAACGCAUCUACCAGCAGAAGGUGGCGCCGCUGUUCGCCCAGGCCUCCAUUAUAACUCAUGUUAUCGUAACGGAGCACGCCAAUCAUGCGAGGGAUCACCUGAGGACGUGUACAGAGCUGAAGCUUGUUGAUGGCGUGGUUUGUGUGGGGGGGGACGGCAUGUUCAGCGAGAUCGUCCACGGGUUGGUCUGGAGGACGCAGCUGGACGGCGGCAUUGAUCUGAACUGUCCCGAUGAAGAGCUGUCCCCCUGUUCGCUUCGCAUCGGGAUCAUUCCUGCAGGUUCAACUGACUGCAUUUGCUUCGCCACAGUGGGAACCAAUGAUCCCGUGACCUCUGCGCUGCACAUCAUAGUGGGUGACUCUCAGCCAAUGGAUGUGUGCUCGGUUCACCACAACAACACCUUCUUGCGGUACUCCAUCUCCCUGCUGGGAUACGGGUUCUAUGGCGACGUGCUGACUGACAGUGAGAGGAAGAGAUGGAUGGGACCGGCCAGAUACGAAUUGUCAGGUUUGAAAAUGUUCCUGACUCAUCAUUAUUACGAAGGAACAGUGUCCUACCUGCCGGCUAAAGGCAUCGUGGGAACGCCGAGAGAUGCUGCCAGAUGUCGAACUAACUGUGUGGUUUGUCAGCACAAUGGACAGAAAAUGUCAGAAAGAGCCAUGAAAUACGAGCCAGAUGAGACGUCAGAGUGUGAGGAUGACGGUGAGUGGAGGACGAUCCGAGGGAAGUUCCUGGCCAUAAAUGCAGCCAGUAUGAGCUGUGCCUGUCCUCGCAGCCCUAAAGGUCUCUCUCCUGCGGCUCACCUGGCCGACGGCACCACCGACCUCAUCCUGGUUCGAAAGUGUUCCCGCUUCAGCUUCCUCAGGCACCUCCUCCGUCACACCAACAAAGACGACCAGUUCGACCUGAACUUCGUGGAGGUCCACCGCGUGGUGCGUUUCCGCUUCGCGCCGCGUCACUGCCAGAGCGACUCGGACCUGGAGCUGGACCUGCCGGAGAGCAGCAAGCGGCAGAUUUUCAGCCAGAUCUGCCGAGACCACCCGGCUUGCGGCUGCGCCCCCGCCUACAGCAGCUGGAACUGCGACGGCGAGAUCCUGACCCACACGGCCAUCGACGUCAGAGUGCACUGCCGCCUCAUCAAGCUGUUUGCACGAGGGAUUGAAGAAGCCCAGAUGUUCGAGGAGCUCGGUAACCCCUGUUCAGUGUAAGCCCCUCCCCCCGCCGUCAGUCACUGGAGCCGCCUGCUGCAGCCGGGUCACAUGACGCCCACCCCGCCUGGCAUCAGCAGACUGUCAGCUGUCUUUCUCAGAGGAUGUUACUGACGUUUCGUUUCUUCAUCACAUGAUGGAAGCAGGGGCCUCGUGUUUCAACUGGUUUUUACUUUUCAAACACAGCCACACCUUAAAACAUGCAGUAUUAGGAACAUAGCAAAACAAUAAUGCUUUGAAUUUGGUCUGAUGUGAAUUUAAUCCUGACCAAAAACAAAUAAAUUUAAAUUAUUUUGUUAAAUUUGUUUAAAAGAAGUGCAUUUCUUAUAAAUUAUAAAGUAGCUUUGUUGUGUUGUUUGGAGCAGAAUCCAGUGUUUCUUGUAGGAGUGAAGUACGUCACAGCAGCUCCGGUUACUCUUUAUUAUCAACUGACUGAUCAGUUAUAUCAACUAAAUCUAUUAAAACACUGUGCUGAACCUGUACACCGAUCAGCUGGCUUCUGCAGGGAAGUAUAAUGUGAUAUUGUGAACCCUGAACCAUGUAAAAUGUCCUCAGUAGACUGGGCUCAGCACGGUGGAUCAGUGGUUAGUACUGAUGUCUCAACAAGCAGGUCCUGGGAUUGAUUAGUCUGGUUCAGUCUGGUCCAGGUGCAGGUUGAGGCCGUCCAGACCAGAGCUGGAUUAAACAUGAGGACCAGAUGAAUGUUUCCUCUCUGAUCACUGUUCUGUGUGAAUUAUUCAGAUUAUUUCUGUGGAUUAUCAGGUCGUCAACAAUCGUCCUGAAACAGGUGUGAAAAUGGUGCCUUCUCCAUAAACCAUGCUUUUAUUUUGCUCCUGGCAGAAAUUAAAACGGUUUCAUUUGUUGUUUUUAACGUGAGGCCCCUGCAGAGGCAGGAUUUGGAUUCCUUCUGUUGGUUUUCCCUGAGAAGGCUUUGUUGGGUUUCUGGUGCCUCAGAUGAGACCAGAACCAGGACUUGGACUGUCUCUGAGUCCAGAGAAAACUCCUGUAACUUUAACUUGUUGCAUCUUUUUUUUUUCUUGGUGCUCAUUCCUGAUCAGAUCCAGUCUCAAGUUGUUUGUUUGUU